AUGAGCAACCAGCCAGCUGCACCCUUCCCUCUCAUCGCAUGCGUCGAGUCCUUCCUCUCACCAGCCCUCAAGAUUCCAUCUUCACCGUCCCUGCCAGCGCUCGAGCUCUUAUCACAAUCUACCGUUGUCAAAUUGAAUAACCUCGGUCGCCCUCGCAUCCGAAACAUGCGCACCCUCGGCCACUCCACACAGGUGAUCUCGCAUAUCCCUGUCGCAGCUACACUGCAGACGUGUAUGAGACUCAACGAUGCGCUGGAUGUUGGCACACGGAUACAGGACGACAAGAUAGUGCCGCUGGCACUGCUAUCUAGCGGACAUGGCGAGGGGGCAGAUGCAGCGCGAGAACUGCAGAGGUGUGUCGUCAAGUCGAAAUUCGUGGGCGGUGUUGUCGCAGCCGGUAGUGGGCUGGAGGACGCAGGGUACGACGAGGUGUGGGCCAUGGCGCAGAGACUUGAGGCGCCGAUUAUGUUGCGAGAAGGGUGGCCGAGUGGAAAUCAGAUCGCAGAGUAUACGCACGACCUGCCUGCCAGCGUCGUUGCUCCGCUCGUCAUGAACUUGCACAACUCGCACGCUGCAUCGCCCAUGCUCGUUCUACGCCUCUACUUCAACGGCGUCUUCGAUCGGUAUCCGCACCUGCGACUAGUGAUCGCGCAUCCAGGCACACUACCUUCACUGCUCCUGCGCAUCGAGACAGUCCUUGAUAGCUUUCCUACCGACGACAAGCCGAAACGCAGCUUCCUCGACGUCUGGCAGCACAACAUCUACCUCACGACAGUCGACGUCCUGGACCUGUCAAGCAUGCGCACGCUAUUGGAGCAGAUCCCCAUGGACCGGGUACUCUACGCAAGCAACUAUCCGCUUGAAGAGCGAGGUCGGGAGCUGAUGACGGAGCUAAAAGAAAGCGAGUUCUUAACGGACGAAGAGUGGGACUGUCUGGCGUGGAAGAACGCAGAGCAGCUGUUCAAGCUGAAGAGCCUGAAAGCAUACAGCGCCAACAAGAAGACGCUCGCAUACCCUGGGCAGCAUGUAAUAAUCGCGUAG